GUCUGGCUGCACCUGCUUCCUUAGCUCAGAGCAUCCCUGGAGCAUCUUAAGAGGCGACCGCAGCUGGCAACCAGAGACCAGUUGCAGGAGGCGUCCGCCAGAUACCUUCCCCUUCUCCUGACCUAGCGCUCUGCAGCGGCGGCCUCCGUACUGACCGGAGGUCCCAGAGUUGUCUGACCAUUGCAAAAGCAUUUAUAGCAAUAGCCUCUGAUUACGACAUGGCUGAGAUCACCAAUAUCCGACCUAGCUUUGAUGUGUCACCAGUGGUCGCUGGCCUCAUCGGGGCCUCUGUGCUGGUGGUAUGUGUCUCGGUGACCGUCUUUGUCUGGACAUGCUGCCACCAGCAGGCAGAGAAGAAGCACAAGAACCCACCAUACAAGUUUAUUCAUAUGCUCAAAGGCAUCAGCAUAUACCCAGAGACCCUCAGCAACAAGAAGAAAAUCAUCAAAGUGCGGAGAGACAAAGAUGGCCAUGCGAGGGAAGGUGGACGCGGGAACCUGUUGGUGGACGCAGCAGAGGCUGGCCUGCUGGGCCAAGACAAGGGUCCUAGCUCUGGAUCUUGUAUAGACCAAUUACCCAUCAAAGUGGACUAUGGGGAAGAACUGAGGAGCCCCAUUGCGAGCCUGACCCCCGGGGAGAGCAAAACCACUUCUCCAUCAUCUCCAGAGGAGGAUGUCAUGCUAGGAUCCCUCACCUUCUCAGUGGACUAUAACUUCCCAAAAAAAGCCCUGGUGGUGACAAUCCAGGAGGCUCAUGGGCUGCCAGUGAUGGAUGACCAAACCCAGGGCUCUGACCCCUACAUCAAAAUGACCAUCCUUCCUGACAAGCGGCAUCGGGUGAAGACCAGAGUGCUGCGGAAGACCCUGGACCCUGUGUUUGACGAGACCUUCACCUUCUAUGGCAUCCCAUACAGCCAGCUUCAGGACCUGGUACUGCACUUCCUCGUCCUCAGCUUUGACCGCUUCUCCCGGGAUGACGUCAUUGGGGAGGUCAUGGUGCCGUUGGCUGGAGUAGACCCCAGCACAGGCAAGGUACAGCUGACCAGGGACAUCAUCAAAAGGAACAUCCAGAAGUGCAUUAGCAGAGGGGAGCUCCAGGUGUCUCUCUCAUAUCAGCCUGUGGCACAAAGAAUGACAGUGGUGGUCCUCAAAGCCAGACACUUGCCGAAGAUGGAUAUCACCGGUCUCUCAGGUAAUCCUUAUGUCAAGGUGAACGUCUACUACGGCAGAAAGCGCAUUGCCAAGAAGAAAACCCAUGUGAAGAAGUGCACUUUGAACCCAGUCUUCAAUGAGUCUUUCAUCUACGACAUCCCCACUGACCUCCUGCCCGACAUCAGCAUCGAGUUCCUUGUCAUCGACUUCGAUCGCACCACCAAGAAUGAGGUGGUGGGGAGGCUGAUCCUGGGGGCGCACAGUGUCACAGUCAGCGGUGCUGAACACUGGAGAGAGGUCUGUGAGAGCCCCCGCAAGCCUGUGGCCAAGUGGCACAGUCUGAGCGAGUACUAAUCCUCUUCUCCUUGCCUCUAACCCCAGGGCCGGGCUGGGCAGGGACAUGGCGGGGAGAGAGAUAAACAGAGAGAAGCGGACUCAAAACCUCAUUUUAGCUGUAGAAGAAAAUUUCGUACAAAACAAACCCCACAAAGAACACCCCACAUGACCACAGCUGCAGAUCAGUUCUUAGCGAUGAUGAUUUUUCUCCUUUGCAAGGCACUAGGAAAUCCCUUUUUUUUUUUUUAUGGGGGAAAAAACGAGAGGGAAAGACCUCUACAAGUCUAUAUAUAAAAAUGUAACCUUAUACUUGCAUGUCUAAUACAAACUGAAGAAAUUAGCCUAACUGCCAACAUCAAGGUACAGAUUUUAAUCCAUGAAAAUUGUGUUUUGUGCCGAAUUGUAUUUGCUAAUUACCUGAAAUUGGCCUCUUUUCAUUGGGCUUCUCUAGAGAGUUAUUUUCACUCCCCACCUCUGUGGAAGAAUCUUUUGCUCUUGUAAAACCUCAUGUUUUUAUCAUCCCCAUCUUUUCUCCCUGUUACCUCUUACAUUUCUGCUCUUUGACUGAGCGCAAGGUCCAGAGGUCUGUAGUAAGCCAAGAAACAAAGGUGGAAUGGAUAAGGCAGGGUUUGCAGGAGAAAGAGUACUUGAGAAAUGAGGUAUGUUUAUUAUUAGCUCUCCUGCUAUGAAUGGGUAAAAGGCAGUCCUUGAUUAAUUUGUGAUCAAGUACACGAAGACAUCAGACUUUUUGGUAGAAUUUGGGUUUACAAAACUAGAUGACUUGUCUAAAAAGAGCUUUGGCGGCUUCAAAUUCAGCUACAGGAUAGUACCAGUGAAUACAUCCAGCUGAUCCCAAAUGUAGGUAUGAAGACAAGGAAAGGAAAAUGAGAUGACUGCCAUCUCCCUUUGUAACUGUGUCUGGAAGGACAGCCAUUCGUUGGUUGAUGGUUUAGAAAUCAUCAGAGUUUUGAAGGAUUAAACUGGCCUUUGUUUUUCCAGAAAUGCUGAAAACUGAGCUUUAGAGUCUUCUCAAGUAGCUUAGAUGAGGUUAGUUUUGCUUUAUAAGGAAAAGGGACUUCAGAAAUUAUUCUUUCUCUUUAAAUUUUUCAAUCAUGGCUCUUAAAAAUAACUAAAUGAGGGCCUC